UCGAAUGAAUAGCAUCUCCAGCGUGUUGCGCUGUGUAUUAUUGCAUUAUUAUAAUAUUGUUUUAUAAUAUUAUUAAAUAUAACAAUGGCGGGGAGUGCUGGAGAAUGGUGUCUUAUGGAAAGUGACCCGGGAGUUUUUACAGAACUGAUUAAAGGUUUUGGAUGCAAAGGCGCACAAGUUGAGGAGAUAUGGAGCAUGGAGCCUGAGAACUUUGAAAAUCUCAAACCAGUUCAUGGCUUAAUCUUUCUCUUCAAAUGGCAACCUGGUGAAGAACCAGCUGGGUCAAUUGUACAAGACUCAAGACUUGACCAGAUCUUUUUUGCCAAACAGGUCAUCAACAAUGCUUGUGCAACCCAAGCAAUAGUCAGCGUACUGCUGAACUGCUCACAUUCUGACAUGCAUCUUGGUGAAACUUUGACGGAGUUUCGGGAGUUUUCAUACAGUUUUGAUGCUGCAAUGAAAGGUCUUGCUCUUAGUAACUCUGAAGUCAUUCGGCAAGUUCACAACAGCUUUGCCAGGCAGCAGAUGUUUGAGUUUGAUGCAAAGUCAUCAUCAAAGGAUGAAGAUGCCUUCCAUUUUGUGAGCUAUGUGCCUGUUAAUGGUAGACUCUAUGAACUAGAUGGACUUCGAGAUGGACCAAUCGACCUUGGCACUUGUAACCAGGAUGACUGGAUUAGUGCUGUUCAGCCAGUCAUUGAGAAAAGAAUACAAAAGUAUAGUGAAGGAGAAAUACGCUUCAACUUGAUGGCCAUCGUCUCGGAUCGCAAAAUGAUUUAUGAACGUAAAAUUAACGAAUUACAAAUCCAACUUACAGAGGAAGAGCCAAUGGAAACAGAACAGAGCAGUCAUCUCCACAGUUCUAUCCAGUCAGAGAUUGCCAAGUACCAGCUCUUGAUUGAAGAGGAAAACCAGAAGUUUAAAAGAUAUAAGAUUGAAAACAUUAGAAGGAAGCACAACUAUCUUCCCUUCAUUAUGGAGUUACUAAAGACCCUUGCUGAGUACCAACAGCUGAUACCACUGGUUGAAAAAGCUAAGGAAAAGCAAAGUGCCAAAAAACUUCAAGAAGCAAAGUAGCAGCAUGUUUUUCUGUCUUUUGUGUAAUGUGCUUUACAAUCCCACAAUGCUCUUUUACCAUCUGUAAUAAUAGGAGCACUAAGUAAUAAACUAGCAUGGGGUGCUUGCUGUCAUAUUGUCCAUACCACUAUGUUUGCAUGAUUGCAGAGAUGUUUAAAUAAACAUUUUCAUAUAAAAUUG